AACAAAAAAAAACAAAACAAAAACUCAUUUUAUUCAUUCUUUUUAAGUUUAAAAACAGUAAAUCAUUUAUAUCAUCCAUGAUGAAGAAACCCAUUCAACUCUCGUUCACUGUUAUGAUUAUCUUCACCAUUCUUGUGCUAGGAGUGGUGGCAAAUGAGGGGCUAGGAAAACCAAAACAAUGUCAUGAGAUUCUAAAGCAAUCCAACUGUGUUGCUGCAGAGUGUGACUCUAUGUGUGUGAAGAAGAGGGGGAAAGGAGCCGGUGUUUGCACUACUUCUAAGAAGUGUUACUGCUAUUAUCAUUGCCCUUAACGAUUUUUUAUUUACAAUAAUAAGAGAUUUAUAAU